CUGCACGAACGACCUACGUCACCCAUACGCGCCAACUGCACACAAGCAACACAUGAGACAGUGGACAGGCUUGUUACCAACAGAUAUUUUUUAUAGAUCUCUACAUGGGGUCUGUUUAGAUCCUGUAGUUUAAUCCGGUUCUAUACAGGGAUCUGUUUAGAUCCUCGAGGUGGAAAUUCCCUGCUUCAGUCUCGACUGAGUAGGAAGAAGUUUGGCUCCUAGUUUCUAGAUAUACCAUCAUGUCUCUGUUCGUGGUUAACAGGUACCUGGGGGACGAGGAGGAGGAGAGCGACUCCAUCAGAGAGUCUCACGCCCAGCGCCUGCUGGCCCGGCUGCAGAGCAAGGCCAAGGAGAGAGAGCAGAGAGAGACCAGCCCGAAGAGAGCCAAGAAGAGGCCGGCAGCAGAGAGCGGAGAGAGUGGAGAGCCGAAGCAGAAGACGGACAAACCCAAGAAGAAGAAAGUCAAGCCGACAGUGACACCAGAGGUUCCUGAGCCCGUGAAGGAGGUGGAGCCCGCCGGGGACAAGAAGAAAGAUGGCAAGAAGAAGAAGAAGAAGAACGAUCGUUUGGUAGACGACGCUAAGCAGAUAACGAAAAAAGAUGAAGGAGGAGUCAAAGAGAAAGGAGGAGAGAUGCAGAAGGAGAACCAGGAGAACCAGGAGGCGGUGGUCCCGGAGGCGGUGGUCCCGACUGGUUUCACAGUUCUCGGGGGAUUCGAGAAUAAAGUGGCCCCAAAGGUGCACCGCGUGCUGCCCCAGUGGCUGGCCCAGCCCGACGUCAUCCUGCGGGACAUCAGGAGGAACCUGGUGGCUGUGGGCGCGGUCCAGGGCCUCUCCCCCGCCACGCUCAAGAAGCUCCAGGACAACGGCGUCACCAGCUUCUUCCCCGUCCAGGCGGAGGUGGUGCCCGCGGUGCUGGAGUGCGUGGCCCAGGGGCUGCUGGUGGGCCGGGGGGGGUACCGGCCCCGGGACAUCUGCGUGUCGGCCCCCACCGGCAGCGGGAAGACCCUGGCCUUCGUGGUCCCCCUGGUGCAGGCUCUGAUUGGUCGGGUGGUCUGUGAGGUCCGAGCGUUGGUCGUGCUGCCCACCAAGGAGCUCGCCCAGCAGGUGUGUAAGGUGUGUGCGCUGUACGCUGAGGGCUCCGGUCUGAAGGUGGUGAUGCUCUGUGGGCAGAAGUCGUUCGCUGCAGAGCAAACGUCUCUGGCAGAGCAGAGAGGCGGGAAGUGGAAGAGUCUGGCGGACAUCGUCGUGGCGACGCCGGGCCGUCUGGUGGACCACAUCAACAAGACCCCCGGGUUCCGCCUGGACCUGCUCCGCUUCCUGGUGAUCGACGAGGCCGACCGGAUGAUUGACAGCAUGCACCACUCCUGGCUGGGUCAGGUGACCAAGGCGGUGUUCAGAGCAGGAAGUGGAUCCGAAGGUUCCUCGGUCUUCAGGAGGAGUGAGCCCACACACAUCACCGCCGCCAGCCUGUCCCCGCCCCAGAUGCCGCUGCAGAAGCUGCUGUUCUCCGCCACGCUCACCAUGAACCCCGAGAAGCUGCAGCAGCUCGGCCUGCACCAGCCCCGCCUCUUUAGCUCCACCCACUCCGGCCCCGCCCCCAGCGCUGGCCCCGCCUCCGCCAAGUCGCAGGAGCGCUUCAACUUCCCCGAAGGGCUCACGGAGUACUUUGUUCCGUGCACGCUGAGCAAGAAGCCGCUCCUGAUCCUGCACUACAUCCUCCACAUGAAGUUCUGCCCGCUGCUCUGCUUCACCAACUCCAGGCAGGCGGCCCACAGGCUGUUCCUGCUGGUGCGUCUGUUCGGGGGGGUGGAGGCGGCGGAGUUCUCCUCUCGUCUCUCCACCGCUGAGAGGAAGCACACGCUCAGAGACUUCCAGCACGGCAAGAUCCAACUGCUGAUCUGCACGGACGCGGCGGCCCGAGGCAUCGACAUCGAGGGCAUCAAGUGUGUAGUGAACUACGAUGCUCCGCAGUACCUCAGGACCUACAUCCACAGGAUCGGGAGAACGGCCAGAGCAGGCAAAGCGGGCGUGGCCUUCACCUUCCUGCUGGACGUGCAGAGGAACAGCUUCCUGAAGAUGGUGGAGGAGGCAGGAAGCGUUGGCAUCAAGAAGCACUCGGUCAAACACCAGCUGCUGAAGAACAUGGCCCCCCGCUACGAGACCACCCUGAAGGAGCUGGCCAGCGCCAUCAAGGACGAGAAAGACCAGUUCCGGAUCAAAGUAUAAUGAAGAGGCUGACAUUAUGGGAUGUAGAGAGCAUAAUAUAACCUCCUCUGUGAUUGGCUGUAUCUUCGCGGACUGCGUCAUGUGAUGAAGAGGGCAGAUGAUUUUCUCCACGUGGAUUGACUAUUUUCUAUUUGAGUCGUUAUAUUUUGGCCAUUAAAAGGGUUAUGUAUUGUGAAAGAGCCUGUUUCUAUUUGUACUGUUUUGAAGCAGAAAACCAUUUCUGCUCUCUAUUCUUCAUGCUCAAAUACAUUUCAAUAAAAUGUUUCACAUUGUA